AUGGUUGAGGCAAUUUCCAUGUUGAUAUGGCAAUUGAAUUUGAGAAGUAGGAUCCGGAAGGAAAAGGAGUUCUCAGCCCCAGGAAAUAAUGAUGGGUGUUGGAAUUUCUGUGAGGGAUCCAUCAAGAAGCCUUUCCAAGCAGAACAAGAGAAACCAGAUCUGAAGAAAUCUCAGUGUUGAAAGUAGGGUUUGGAUAGGGGCUGAUGCCAAUCCUGGAUCGUGAUGUUGAUGGUGCAAGGUGUGUGUGAGACCGUGCGUGAAGGGAUUGAAAGAGUGCUUUCGCCUAACAAUCUAUAUCUGGGUAUCUAUGUCCAGAGAUGGUGCGCUGACUGAAAAUGAAUCUGUAUAAGGAAUU